AUGGCGGUAGCUUUCCUCCAACAGCUGGAAGGGUUCACAAUCAGGCCGGAAGUAAAUGAUCAUUGGAAGUGGGCGGCAGAGCCUAGUGGCUGUUAUUCGACUAAGAGUGCAUACAAGGCAAUUCAUCAUGUCACAGUGGAAGAUGGACAGGAUGGAAAGUUCAAGGAGCUAUGGAAGCUUAGGGUCCCAUUGAAAGUGGCUAUCUUCAUGUGGAGGCUGAUUCAAGACAAAUUGCCAACUAAAGUUAAUCUGAAAAAGAAGCGGGUUGAGUUACAAGAGUACUUGUGUCCUUUCUGCAGAUUAGUGGAAGAGACAUGCCACUUAUUCUUCCACUGCAGUAAAAUUAGUCCCCUAUGGUGGGAGUCACAGUCAUGGGUAAAUAUGAUGGGCGUUUUCCCUUAUAAUCCGGAUCAGCAUUUUAUUCAGCAUAUUUGUGGAGCUUCUGCAGGGUUGCAGGGAAAAAGAUGGCAGUGGUGGUGGUUUGCUCUCACUUACUCGAUUUGGAAGCAUAGGAACAACAUUAUUUUCUCCAAUGCUGCUUUUGAUGACCAGAAAUUAAUGGAAGAUGCAGUGUUCAUGUUAUGGUCAUGGCUCAGAUGUUUGGAAAAAAAUUUCUCUUUACAUUUCAAUCAAUGGUCCUCAAAUCUCAAAGAUGUCUUUCUUAGGACAGCAACUUAG